AUGCUGCGCCUCAACUCCCUAAGCAGCUCAUGCCUGGCUACUCUGCUGGCCACCUACCUUGGUGCAGCAUCUGUAUCUGCACAGUCGCCUCCUGAAAACCUCUGGCCGGUGCAGACAUUCCAGAGUACAGAUAUCCAGACACCGUUUUUCAAUGUGACGAAGAAAGGCCAAACAGAGCCGGGUUACAUCUUCUUCAGUCCUAGAGAUAAGGCUCGAAAAAUCGGACAUCCAGCUAUCUUCGACGACAAUGGCCAGGUUGUCUGGAAGGGACCGGAAGACGCGAGCACAUAUGGCUUCAAGCCUCAGCUUCUUGACGGCAAACCAGUGAUGGUCAGCUGGUUCGGAUUUGCGAACGAGACUGGAUUCGGGCUGGGAUCUAUGAGCAUCUUCGACAGCUCGUAUGAGAAGAUCCACGAGGUGAUUCUGCCCGGCGGCGAUAACGAAUACUACAAGACGAUCUAUGAGCCCAUGAAGUUCCCAUCAUACAUGGACAACCACGAAGGCCAGAUCACCGACCAAGGAACCAUCGUCGUGACGGUUGUCAAUGUCACUGAGGCAGAUCUUCGAGCUGUUGGUGGACCAGAGAAGGGUUGGGUUGUCGAUGGAGGCUUUUUGGAAAUGGACAUCAAGACCAACGACGUUCUCUUCCGCUGGAGUGCGGCCGAACACCUCGAUGAGAUCCCCGUCACCUUCUCCCUGAAGCCACUUGAGGGAGCUGGAACUUCAUCCAAGGACCCGUGGAAUUAUAUCCACGUCAAUUCCGUCUACAAGUCCGGGGAUUCUUAUAUCGUCUCAUCUCGAUACUCUUGCAACAUCUUCCUCAUCUCCAAGGAGGGCAAGAUUGUCUGGCGUCUCAACGGCAUUGAUGGAGGUGACUUCGAGCUCGGCCCCGGCACGAACUUCUGCUACCAGCAUGAAGUCCGGGUCGAAGAGCACACCGUUGACAAGAUCACGCUGACCACGCAUAACAACGACAACGCCGACUUCACGCCCGACGACCAAACCAAGCCGACAACCGGCCUCGUGCUCGAUCUCGAUCUCAACGCCAAGAAAGUCUCUUUGAACCGCAUGGUAUGGAACUCUGAAAAGCCCGUUGUCUCUCGGGCUCAGGGGAGCUACCAGGUGCUUGGCAACAACCACAUCCUGAUGGGCCAGGGAGCCAUCCCCGUGAUAGAAGAGUACGAUGCCAACGGCGCUAUCGUCAUGGACGCCCGCUUUGGCAACGACGGCGUCACGAACUGCUACCGCGCCUACCGCAGCGCCUGGGUAGGUACGCCCAAGACGAAGCCGAGCGUCAAGGCCUGCGGCGCCGACCCGAACGGCGCGGUGGUGUUUUAUGUGAGCUGGAACGGCGCGACGGACGUAGACUCGUGGAAGAUCUUCUCUGUCUCGGACUCCGGCGAGGUCAAGGAGAUAGCCAACUUCCCGAAGAACGGGUUUGAGACGAGGAUGGAGCUGCAGAAGGCUGGCAGCAAGUUUGUCGUCCAAGCGGUUGGAGGGCCGAACGACGGCGUCCAGUCUGACGUUGUCAUGGGCGAGAACUGCUAG